AUGGUGCAUAUGAGCCGAGGAAAUGGCGCCAAAAAGCAGCAAAAAAGGAUCCUUUGUCAUCCUAAAAGAAACAUUUCUAUGGAGCCUUUUUCCACCCUUUCCGACUUUGCCUUUGAUAUCGGAUCAAGGUUUUUCUGGCUUUAAUUUAGUGUUAAUGUCAAGCCUUCCCUUUUCCUCAUCAUGAAAUUUUUCGAAACUAAAAAUUUAAAACCUCACAUAAUUUGUUCCAGUAGUAGUCGAUAUCCACUUUUCAAUCGUAUGCUCCAUUGGUUCUUUCUGAAGAAAAAGUAAUUGAAAACGAAUUUUUUAGUUAUCAAACUGCUUUAAUUGAAGUUGUUGUCGAUCCUCGAUGGACAGGUCUCGUUCGUUGAAAGCUUCCUGCAAUAAACUCAAAAUUGAAAAAAAGCAAGUCGAAUAUUCAAUGAUCAAGUCAUAAUGUUUUGAUUUAUUAGCUAUGUAUAGUCAUGAGUGAGUUAGGGAAAUUUUAUCCAGUUAAAAGAACUAACUAGGCGGUGCGCUAGAGCUCCGCUCGGCCUUGUCAGAGCUAAGAUUCCUAGACGCCGAAGGCCGUGACGGCAUUUUCCGCGGGGGUCCCAUCAUCGCUUUGUCAGCAUCGCGCUGCCAACAGUUUAUGCCUCGGCCACAGGAAUGGGCUUCGGCGUGACUUUGCGUAUCCGAUUUGCAAGCAAAAAGGAUCGGCACUCCGGGAGUCCCGCGGGCCUAAUCUACUAGCGCUUACAACUAAGGAACUUAUUUUGAAAGUUAGAAGUUAAAUGGAAGUUAAAAACUCAUCUUGAAGUUGAGUUCAGGGGCAAGACGGAGUCGUGAGGGAAGCAAGAACGAUAAUUGA